AUGAUCCGAGAAUAUCAUGUCUUUGACGAGAACCACUUCGCCAUCGAGCAAAGGGUUUCAAUCUGUAUGCAACAGCCAAAGAAGGAGAAUGACGCUAACCAGACCUUUACAUGUAUGUUUCUCAUCGGACCAUCUCUCUACACGGCUGCAGUAUUCCCACAUUUGCUAAUCGUCUUCCAAGUGCUUGCAUGGCUAGAUGCUGGAACUGAAUUUCCUCCCCAAACCUUCAAUCCAUGGGCUACAUACAGCCAAGGGCCCCAAUAUCUCCCAGUUAUCCGUCACAAACCCAUGGUAGCCUUGAAAUGCCACCUCUUUACCAACGAUGGGCCUGAUUCCAAUAUUCGCCAGGUCCAAUCGCUAGCAAGUUUGCCUUUUGGUUAUGGCCGCUGGCUGCGACCAAGCUUAAUGGCCAAAGAUCCGUUCUACACAAUCAUCGAAAUCUUGGACUUCGCGGCGAGUUCACAGAUACAAUUUCUCAAUCUCAUCGAUGCUAAGCUGUGUGCCUAUACAUCUGGCCCUACCUCGAAGGAGUAUGAGAGUCUAGGACAUUUGAAGUACAUCAAAUCUAUACUCAAUAGUCAUCUCCAGAAGACAAAGAGGGUACUAGACAGUAUCAAGAAUUCUCAGCUUUCAGCAUGGCCAAGGGAUAGCUCCAAUACCCAUCAGAGGACUGCUAAUGCAGCGCAUAAUGUUGAGCAAGACUUCCAACACAUACUCGACCGUACAGUCAGCCUCCAUACUCGCGUCAGCGAAGCAAUCUCAGUCUUGAUGUCAAGCAUGUCAAUAUCAGAGUCUCAGAGAGCCAUUAUACAAGCUCAGCGCGUUGGAAAACUCACUUUUCUCGCAUUCAUUUUUGUUCCAUUAUCCUUCACCACCAGCCUUUUUGGGAUGAAUGUGACGCAAAUAGAAAAUGGAAAGCUCGGAAUCUGGGUGUGGUUUGUAGUGUCUGUACCGAUAGUGGCUGUUGUGUUUGCUUUGUACUUUGUUGAUGUAUCAAAGUAUUGGGAUGAACUACGAGUGGCUAUUAAUUUGUAA